AUGUAUCUUCCUUCUGUAGAACAUGCGCUCAAGCAGAUGCGUUACAACUGGGAUUACAUGAUGGUGGAUUUGCGCCAGCGCUACUAUCACCAGCUGAAAAACCCUCGUGUAAUCCACACCAAGCUCAGAAACCAGAAACUUCUCUCGCUCCGGACACAUCGCGGAUACCAUCGGGAGAAGAUUGGUCGUUUUCUCAGGCUUCACAAGACGCUGUCGGAUUUGGAAAGCGUCAUCGACUUGUACUAUGGCGACGAACAUCUUUGUGGCAUAGACAUGGACGAGGAUUGCACUUCUCACAAAUCUGAUAUUUCUGAGACCACUGAUGAUGGAGACGUUUUUGCGUUUUUCGACAACCCAGCGGAAGAGAAUGUUCUUUCUGACGUUGCGUAUCUGGUGCUAGUUCCUGAACUUGUUCUGGGAGAUUUCAUUCUGCUGGAUCUUCUGCCCCAGUCCGAUAUUCUGCCUCUUUUGUCUGAUUUCCUGCCAGCGGUUGGAAUUGAAAGCUCUUUAAUGAAACAAUGUGAAACGUCGGAUCAAACAGACAUUCUUGGUGACAACUUUUUCUCCGCCUGGUUGGAUACUCCAGCUACCAUCGAGCCUGAUGUCUUUCCUGCCAGAGAGUUACAGGCAGAAACAAAAACCCAAGAAAUGGCAACUACACUGAAACCACUACGAGACCCCACGGAUAUCUGGGCCAAGACUUUCGCAGAAGCCAAGGCGUACUUUGGGGUUCCUAGUUUGGGUGCAAAUCGCAUGCAGAAAGAUGCCGCAGUGCCAUGA